AUGAGUUGGUAUUACUGGCAGAAGUGAAAUCCGGUUAUAUAGAAAAUUUUUCGUCAACAGUGAAUAAUGCUUAAAGAUGUAGAGAAUAUCGUCGUAGGAAUAGCAUAGGAUCUACUGCCCUCUACAGCUAUAUCAGUCGGUUGUUCUAUUGUAUUUUUUUCUACCGAGGAGAAUAUAAAAAGUCAAUGUUUUGCGUUACCAUGGUUGCGGUUUCAUGAUGAAGAGAACAUCGCUGAAAAUCGUCUUCGAAAUCCAAAUCAAUUCGGUGAUUUGCCCAAACACUCGGUUAGAUCCAUCUAAAUGGAUACAUUUACGUGUGGGCUUACUAGGAUGGUAUCUACGGAGCCGUUUAUUAAAGGCUCGGUUCCCACUGCAUGUAGACGAGAAGAUGCGGGUAGAACGGACUUUUCCUUUGUGUAGUGCUUCUAGGCAUCUCUACUCUGCUUUAAUUGGCGAAAGAUUGUGUGUUGAACUGGUGCAACUAUAUCAAAUGGGAUCCAAGGUUCUCGCCUCAUUUAAUACAGAUGUGAACGAUAUUGUUUUUGAGAGUCCGGAGAUAAUUAGAGAGAAACAAAUUCGAACUGAGCAGCACACCAUGAUUAUGCAUACUACACAUCAUUUUCCGGGAAUCGCAAAUCCAUACGUGAAUGCGACGAUCACAGUACGACUUGUACGUAUCAACGAUUGUUCUCUUGAAAUUUCUCGCGAUGGAGGCUACAACUUAACUCUUGGGCUAAAAGCUUCUGAGAAUCCUCACUAUGAGGCUCCACUUAACGAACCUUCAUUUGCGACCCACUGGUCAGAAAAUGCUUAUCCUCUUCGGCCAUGUCAAAGAAUGGCGAUAUCGCGACCUGAACCUCCCAGGUUACUUAAGCCUGGAAAGCGGCAAAUCUUUUGCGUUAGGCGUGUUGACGAUCGACUCAUCGGGCGCACACCGUCUGUUCCGCCGCCUUCCCAUAAUGUGAAUCGUGCAACAGCCACGUCCAAUUAUGUUGCAGCACGAAGGGCGCCGUCCCCUAUGCAAAGAAGCAAUUCACAUAUGGAUACGGUUUCGAGUUUACUUCGCCGAAAGCCUAAAAUAAAUCAAGGCAUGAAGUUGUAUGAACCAGAAUACGAAAAAAAAUACGGGUGGGGAUUUCAAGAUCAGUAUCAACCGAGGGAUAGCCCUUCACCGUCAACUUUUGAUAGAUUAUCAUGCGAAGGCCGUCGUCGAAUGGGCUGGGAAGUUGAAGAUACGGAUUUUACUCAUCGACAGGAUUUAGGCGAAUCACAUUCUUCCCAGAAGCGCGAUACAGACAGUUACUGGAUCAACCAUAAUUCAGAAAUUUGCACCCUUUGUACCCUUUAUUACGAGUACUUCGGUCGCCACUAUCCAAUGCACAUUAUGUAACCCAGAGGAGCAUCAAAUGUCAUCUUUUACUAAAAGAAAUGCAGAGAACACGAUUAGCGUUACUUUAAGUAUUAAAUGUUCUAUUAGUACGUUGCUCUUUUAUUAUGUUAUCAAUACACAGUUUAAACGUUU